GACUUUCCCCUCUCGACCUCUGUCUUACCAUGGACUGCCCUUUUGCAAUGACAACGCUAAGGAUGCUGUCACCCCUUGCUGAAGCGAAUGGGGCUCAGCGACUCCUAGCUGGCAACGACCGAGGAGGAGGAAAGGGAGGAGGUGCGGUGGCCGCGGAGCGGGCGGCGGCCGAGGGGGAAAGGGAGGAGGUGCGGUGGCCGCGGAGCGGGCGGCGGCCGAGGGGGAAAGGGGGGAGGUGCGGUGGCCGAGGGGGAAAGGGGGGAGGUGCUGUGGCCGAGGGGGAAAGGGAGGAGGUGCGAUGGCCGCGGAGCGGGCGGCGGCCGAGGGGGAAAGGGGGGAGGUGCGGUGGCCGAGGGGGAAAGGGGGGAGGUGCGGUGGCCGAGGGGGAAAGGGGGGAGGUGCUGUGGCCGAGGGGGAAAGGGAGGAGGUGCGGUGGCCGCGGAGCGGGCGGCGGCCGAGGGGGAAAGGGGGGAGGUGCGGUGGCCGAGGGGGAAAGGGGGAGGUGCUGUGGCCGUGGGGGAAAGGGAGGAGGUGCGGUGGCCGCGGAGCGGGCGGCGGCCGAGGGGGAAAGGGGGGAGGUGCGGUGGCCGAGGGGGAAAGGGGGGAGGUGCGGUGGCCGAGGGGGAAAGGGGGGAGGUGCUGUGGCCGAGGGGGAAAGGGAGGAGGUGCGGUGGCCGCGGAGCGGGCGGCGGCCGAGGGGGAAAGGGGGGAGGUGCGGUGGCCGAGGGGGAAAGGGGGAGGUGCUGUGGCCGAGGGGGAAAGGGGGGAGGUGCGGUGGCCGCGGAGCGGGCGGCGGCCGAGGGGGAAAGGGGGGAGGUGCGGUGGCCGCGGAGCGGGCGGCGGCCGAGGGGGAAAGGGGGGAGGUGCGGUGGCCGCGGAGCGGGCGGCGGCCGAGGGGGAAAGGGGGGAGGUGCGGUGGCCGCGGAGCGGGCGGCGGCCGAGGGGGAAAGGGGGGAGGUGCGGUGGCCGCGGAGCGGGCGGCGGCCGAGGGGGAAAGGGGGGAGGUGCGGCGGCCGAGGGGAAAGGUAGGAGGUGCGGUGGCCGCGGAGCGGGCGGCGGACUCCUGUGGUCAGCCUGACUUUUUGGACAAGCGUCCUGUAGCUGCUUGCAUCGCCUAUGAGUUCAUGCUACAGUUGCAAGCAUUCCAGGCCGAAAUCGUUGACAUCAUCAUCAGGGCUACCAAUGUUAGAAUAUCUAUGCAGAAAUGA